CUUCCGCUAAUGGUGUAAUUGCUAUGACCAAUGAUAACGUUGUGCCAACAAAGGACCAAGUUCCUUUACAGUUGACAGUGGAUAGUAACAUAGUCGGUAACGAGAAAGACAAGUCAUCGGCACAAACCUAUUUAUUGCUACAAAAUAGUACUGAGCUGUUGACUUCUACUCAAAUAUCACCAACAGAUACAUUGACGAUUGUAGGUGUAUCCCAAACCAAUCCUAGCCAAGGUCAAAUCAUUAACCUGGAAACAUCGUACAACGAGAAAGUGAAUAGUAUUCCGGAAAAAUCAACAUUAGCAACCGAGAAUAUCGGAAUUGCAACUAGUGCAGACAGUUCCGCUGAUGGUGCAAUUGCUAUAACUAAUGAUAACGUUGUCUCAACGACGGAUCAAGUUCCUUUACUGAUGACAAAGCAUAGUAACAUAGUCGAUACCGAGAAAGAUAAAUCAUCUGUAACAAUAGGAAGCACAUCGAUAAAAGCACCUGCUAUGACUGAUGAAGUAAACACAUCUGCCGCGGUUAAUAUACAAAUAAUCACAAAUAAAACAGAUAAUGGUGUUCUAAAUACUUCCAGUGAUAUACAUCUAGCUGAACAAAAUUCUGCUGCGGUGAUGAGUAGUCAAAAUAAUUUAGUAGCAGAAAAUAAUACUCCGGAUUUAAUUUCUAAAAUAAAAUUACCAGAGCUGUCCCAAAGUGUGCUAAAUUCUCAUAAAGAUGCGGCCACGAUAAACCAAGAGACUGAACCACUAAAUAUGAAGACUGUAAUGGAAACCUAUGACGGUACAGGAAAUACAGUUGCACUUACGGAAAACACAUUAACGGUAAAUCCAUAUGAAAACCAUAAAACAAUAGAUUUGAUACAAAAUAACAAAAAUAGUUUGACGGUAGACUUGUCAAAGGCUGAUUCCAACAAGUUACCACAAACAGACUUAAAUGUUGAUUUUAUUGAAAACACUUCUCCUGUCAGUAAUCGUAUUAUGAUAACGCAAAGUGUUUCAAAUGUGCCGCUACAUAAAGAUACAAGUUAUAAUAGGCCUAUUGCAACAGACAAAUCUCCUUCUCAGUCUCCUGGAAACACAAUCAUUAAAAAAAUAACACAAUUCGAUUGCAUCACUCCCGAUAUGAUUAAUUUGGGCACCACAGAAGCUUCUACUGACAAGACGUUUGCUGAGACUGGGAAAGUUACAAAAAUAGCGGCUCCAACAGUUACUUCGAAAGAUAAUAUUCAAAGUACUAUUGAUUUAAACGAAAGUAAUAUUGCGCAAUCACUACAAAAUACAGUGACAAGUUCACCUACGGUAUUAGUAUCUACAAAUUAUAACACAGCAAGUAUACCUUCUACUGGACAAGUUGACACUGUUGUAGUUGCAGAUUUAGUUAAUAACAAACCUUCACAAUCACUUAACAUAAAAACAGUAGUAAAGCGUCCAAUACCAAUAGCUGAUAUAACGACAUCUGAAGUUAAAACAAAAGAUAUUUCCAUCGGUUCGAAUAACAGAAGUAGUAUAGACGUUAAUAAAAAAUCGCUUCCUCAUGAAAUAUCAUUGAUUUCAUCGGCAACCAAAACUGUUGAAGAUUUGCCAUCAUUAUCAAGAAAUAAAACGGCAAUACCGACUGAUAGUGUACAAGAAAUUAUUACAAAACACGCUUUAAAAGACGAUUUUAUAAAUAGUGAAAAGACUAGAGACAAUAAAGCCACUGUCUCUGUAAAACAAUUGCAUAAUUUAGACAAUGUAAACUUCAAGAGCGUUUCCAACGGUGAUAUGUGGACAUCAACUGGACAAGAAGGAGGUGGUCAAAUAACAGUACAAUCUAAUAGUGCUAGUGCUACACAUACUCCAAUGUUUACUGUUACAGAAAAUUUAAGUCCAAAUAAUUUGGGAAAUCAUCAGAUACAAAAUACAUAUACCAACAUUUAUAGUCCUCCACGUGAAUAUUCGCAAACAACUGUAACAAAAAGCUCUUCAUCAAAUUACUAUUUAGGAUCUAUUAAUAGUCCGGAGACUAUGCACCCAAAAAUAAACAGUGACGCAGUGAAAACAAUUUAUUCCACGUUAACCAAUAUCCCACAAAAAGUCAAUAUUCAAACAGCAUCCACACCGCAUUACAUUAUAAAAACUACAAACCAAAAUCAGGAUACAUCAAAACAAUUCAAUGCACCUGGCACAUUUACUCUAACAGUAAAUAGCGUAUCUUCUCCCAGCAUGGAAACACUUACUAAACACUCAAUACAAAAUAAGAUAGAAAAGAUAAUUUCAGAUCAAAAACUAAUUUCAGUUGAACAAAACAGUGACAAAAGAAUUCCGAUCGCAAAUCCUACUGCAUUCACAACUAAUUCCAAUACGGAUGAAGGAAUCAAGAUAGUGUCAACUUACAAUACUGUUAAUUCACAGAACACAAUGCCAAGUGCGAUAUUGCAAGUGUCAAGUUCGUAUCCUUCAUUAUCAAAGAAAUAUGUCAAUACUUUCCAGAUAAAGAAUCCGAAUGAUUUAAACAAACUUAAAGCAUCAAUUACAGAAUAUAUGAAUAAUGUUGCCAAAACGGAAGGUGUUGUACCUGCAGUAGAAACCAAACAAAGUACAUCAAACAUUAUGUCUACAUUAGGAUUAAACUCUAUAAAUAAUAGAAACGUUACAUAUACUACGACUCUACACAGUAAUAGUUUUGAUCGUGUAAAUCCAACAAAACCAACAGUCAAUUACGUUAUAAAGAGAAUAGUUAAUGAUAUUGGACCGAAAGGGGUAGUUACAACGAAUUCAGAAAAUGUACAAAAUAUUUUCGAAAACCAACCAUUGAAUGGUUUUACAUCUGGCUCCAUUCGGCCAGCUGAUAAUUUAGGAACAGUUGUAGUGUAUAAGCAAAGUACAGUGAACAACCCAUUAAUAACAGAAUCUCAAGUACUGUCUACUAAAGUAAGUAGUAUACCAACAACUGUACUGAGUAGCGGAAAAUCAUCGUUUUCAACCUUGGUUCCAUUCGUAUCUACUAGCAGUGACCCUACACAUAGAAUUGUUAUUAAUUCAAACACUCCAAUGUCCCAAUCUCCUCUUUUAGUUAAGUUAAUAAAAAAUAUAAAUUCACAACAAGAUUUCCUUUCAAGGGUAAAAAAAGAUCAGUCAGUCACAGCUGAUUCAAAUAUUCAAUACUUUAUAAAGUCACCUAAACCAGAUUCUAUGGUAGAAACUAUGAUAUUUACUAAAGAAAAAGUAAAUGAACCUUUUCUUGUAUCUGAAAUUUUGGGCGGUUUUCGUAGAUCAAAUGACGAUAGUAGUAAAACAUCGGUGCAAAAUGUUGUUGAUAGUAAGAAAGAUGAUACAGGAUCGAUUCCUAAUAAUAAUGAACGGGAUACAAAUACAAAUCCUAUCAAAUUAGUCGAUAUUAAUGGUGCGGAUACUGUAAAAGAUACAGAAAGUGAUGGCGAAGGGUCUACAAAUAAUGUAGGGAGCGUUAAAAUAGAAGAAAACAAACCAAGUGAAACGAAAUCAAUGUCAAAAGACUCUACUGUAAAACCGGACGCAAAUAUUCAAAACAAAUUUCUUCCUCCCUCGCCAGUAACAUCACAAACUAAUAUAGAUAAUAAUCUCACAGAUCUUAAAUUAAGGCGUGAAAUAGUUAAAACAUAUCCCACAGGUGCGAUAGAGUCAGUAGCUUCACAAGGAAAUUCACAAACAGAAGCAUUAAAAGUAAAUGAAAAUAAACACAAUAGUAGUAAUUAUAUUAAUACUACAUCGGACUUUCAAAAGUAUCCUGUACAACUGAAUUUGGAAAACCAAACUGAUAACGGUAGCGUAAACAUUGUAAAACGUAAUAAUAACACAAUCAAUGACAACCUGGUGGAUCUUACGUCAACGAAUCAUACGGUUACAGCAUAUGUACAAAGUUAUUUGAACAAAGAUGGAAAACAAGGCAAUAAAACAGGUGACGAACUAAGAUUAAACGAAAGAAGUAUGCUCAAAGCAAAUACUGCAAAUGUACAAUUAAAUGCAUCUAGUAAAGUCAAAAGUACAAGUACAGAUUCUCCUCCAGUUUUUAACUGUACAGCACGCGGUAGAUUCGCUGAUAAGAAAGACUGUAGGAAAUUCUAUACUUGUAUUGGUAAUCUCCAACCAAUAAUGGGAACAUGUCCAAAUAAUACGGUAUUCAGCGAAAUUAACAAACAAUGUACGAGAAACUUAUCGCAUUGCGUUAGAAACAACCAAUUUAGAUGCUUAUUAGAAGGACGGUUUAGCGAUUUCUUUAAAGAUAACAUAUAUUAUAUUUGUGUGAGAAAUUGUACAAAUCAUUUUACGAGAUACAAAUUACAAUGUCAGGAUGGUUAUCAUUUAGACAAGGAAACUGUAAGAUGUGAAAGAGACGAAAUGACAUCAAUACAAUCUGCGUCAUCCGUUAGUGAAGUUAGCAAUGAUGAAACCACUACGCCUAAACCUAAGUCGGAGAAAAUAAAAAGUAGUAGUGAUGAUUUUGAAUGUGAAAAGGAAGGUAACUUUCCAUACGCUAAGGAUUGUCGAAAAUAUUACGUAUGCACUAAAGUUAAGGAUGUUUAUCGGCGCAAAAUAAAAAAAUGUUCCAAAGAUGAAAUGUACGACAAGAAGAAGAAAAAGUGCGUAGAUUCUGACAGUAAGGAAUGUUAGUUGUUUUAUACUUUUAUAGUACAUUUAAAGGCAUGUAAUAUUUCUAUCUCUAAUCAUAGAAAUAGGUGAAUCCUAAGUGCUAGGUAUAUGAAUGUAAUCUGUUUGUAUUUGAAGAUUGUUUAAUGCUAAGUUAUGACGGCUCUAGAUAGGAUAGGAUGUAAGGAUUCCAUUGUAAAAAUAAAAUAAGUUAUUCUUAUAAUUAGUUUAAUUUAUUUUAUGAUGUAUUAUAAAUUACUAUUAAAAGUACCUGUGUACAACUUACGUUUACAUAAA